CUGCAGCAAACAGAGAUGGCAAAUCUCUCAUCGUAUUUCCCUUUUGCAGCUGAUGAGGAACACCAGCAAAAUGUGGCGGCAGCAGCAGUGGCCAGGCCUCGGCCCCAGGCUGAGGAGAGGGCAGAUGGGAUGCCGAGGCGCCGGAGGAACAUGGGAAACCGAAUGAUGGCCCAGAGGAGAGCGCAGCAGGCUGAAGACUGGGUGGAAGAGGAAGAUGAUGCUGAGGAGGUGCCAGAAUUUCAGGUGUCCGGGAAAAUUGGAGCAAAGAAGCAGAGGAAAUUAGAAGAGAAACAAGCCAGAAAAGCACAGAGAGAGGCUGAAGAAGCAGAGCGAGAAGAACGGAAAAAGCUUGAGUCAAAAAGAGAGGAGGAAAGGCGGAAAGAAGAGGAGAGAAUACGUCUUGAGGAGGAACGACAGGAAGAGGAAAAAAGGAAGGCAAAGGAAGAAGAGGAGAAGAGAGAGUAUGAAGAGUACCUGAAGCUGAAGGAGAGUUUUGUAGUUGAAGAGGAAGGGGUUGAAGAAUCAAUGACAGAGGAAGAGUCUCACAGCUUUCUAAUGGAAUUUCUCGAAUAUGUUAAGAAAACAAAGGUAAUCCAGCUGGAGGACUUGGCUUCACAUUUGGGUUUAAGAACACAGGAUGCAAUUAACAGAAUCCAGGACCUGAUGGCAGAUGGCACUCUAACAGGUGUGAUUGAUGACAGAGGAAAGUUCAUCUACAUCACUCCAGAGGAGAUGGCUGCCGUGGCUCGGUAUAUCAAACAGCGAGGCCGAGUCUCCAUCGCAGAGCUGGCCCAAGCCAGCAACUCCCUGAUCAACCUCCAGCCUGACAGCCGAGCUGUCACCCCAACUGUGGCGUGAAACUGUGGCCUGAGAAAAACACAGCAGGAGUUUAACCUUUUAAUGAACAAGCCACGUAAUUAAAAACGAAAUGAGAACCCCUCUAGUCCAUUCACGGUGCUUGAAGAUAGGAUGCUCUUUUUAAGCAUCAAAUGUAAGACUUGAUCAGAAGUUUUGCUUUUGAUUAUGUUAGAGCUGGUAUCAAAUAGGAUGCUCUUUUGUACAACAGAGGUUAGCCAAGAACUUGGGCCUAAAACAGUCUGAUGCACUUGUACUCCAGGAAUAUCAGUGAUUUUCACAUGGUUACUUUAUCUUGGCAGUCAGUCUAACGCAACUAUACCCACACUUUUUAUUGUUUCCAGAUUCUGAUGUCUGUAUCAAAUAUAUUUGGUUUUCGUUGUAUUUGGGAUUCUCCAGACUUGCUCUGCACUUAGGGACCUGUAUAAUUUUGUGGCAAUGACAUAGACAGCCCAGAAUAAUAGGUGUGUAGGGGCGAGGCUUGCAGAUUUUGUCUUCUGUGUCAACAUUGGAAAGAGAGAGAAAAAAUAUAUCCUGCAAGUGUGUCUUUGUUCUUACUGAAAUAUAUACUGAAACUCUAGAAAGAGUGCUUGUUAUGUUGUGAGAACUUCCAGAGGUUAUUUCAGAUAAACCUUUGCUAUAUAAAUAUGUUUUGCUUGGUUUAUAUAAUAUGAAAAAUUCGCUCGCAGCAAAGCUGCGUUAUUUUUCUGUAGCCAAGAGACAGAAAUACCUCCAGGGAAAGGCUAACUCGCCUCAUUUAUUGUGCAGGCCAAUUCUACUGAUACCAACCAGAUUCUGAUGAUUCAUCCUUUGAAGUAAGAGCCAGCACAGUGUGUCUGAAGGCCUCAGACACCACCCCCGCCCCAUGGCCUUUCUGUUCUGGAUGUUUGGGGUUUUUUUAAAUAAAAAAUUCAGGCACUAUGAGUCAUGCAAUUAAUGUUGCAAGUAAAUGAUUAUUAAUAUAUUGCUUGUAGGGGUCAGUAUACUUCCUGCAUAAGAAGAUUGAUUUUUUAAUAGCCUAGCUGAUGUUUUGUUAAUUCUCCUUUCUGAAAUCAACAGAAUCUGUGUGGAUAUGCAGUAAUUGGGGAGGGCAAGGGUUGGUUUUGUCUCUGCCAAACUUAGAGAUAACUUGAAUAGACUAAAAGCUGCGUUAUCAGUGAGAUGAGAUAGCAAUAAAACAAUGGGAGGAAGCAUAUUUCCCUUUCAAUCUCUGCACCACUGCUGAAUGUGAUACUCUGUGGAGUGCUGAGUUACAGCGUGUUGGUGUGAGAGGUCGGUUCGUCGUUACCGUGGUGCACAGAGAUUGCUAGAGAUUUGAGGCUGGUAAAGUCUCUUAAUUAUUCACAAUUUGAUUUUGCCAUGACUUUUUUUGUUCCGUCCGCAACUAUUCUUGUAAUAAAAUAAACAAUAUUGAAAGAACUGC